GGUCAAGUCGCUCCAAAGGAUGCGGCAGAAAUGGCCUUUGCACGUCUCGGCUCAAGACUCUAUAUCCAAGGUGGUGAAUAUAUGCUCACUCAAUCGCAAAAGGAACCUACGUCCCAGUUCUUCUCUUUAGACCUCUCCACAUCCUGGCCUGUCAGCAAUGUACCAUGGCAGGCUCAUACUGAUGGGCCAGGCUUCCGUCUUGCGACUGCAACAGGAUCACCCAACAAUCAGACGUUUUACGAGUAUCUUGUGAAUGGCAAUAAUUUAUAUGUCUAUCAGAUCAAUGUUGAAAGCCCCAAUGUUGGCUGGAAUGUCACGUCGACAGCUCCUCCUGAAACUCUCCAGCAAGGAAUUCGUCCUGUUCUCGAUCCAAGAACUGGGCUUGUUUACAUUGCUGGGACGCAAUAUCUAUGUGUGCUCAAUCAAGCCACGCUUACGUGGCAACACACUACGAUCCCUCCAUUUAUGCUGAUACAACGGUAUUAUGGUGGAGGUGUUUAUAAUAAUGCUAGAAAGUCUAUUAUGUAUCAUGGAGGAUACAAUAAUUUUUGGGACUCAAGCACUUAUAUCACAGAGUACUCUAUUGAUAUUGGUCGUUGGUCAAAUUAUACUACACAUGGUGAUAUUCCGAGCCCAAGGUCUGAUCAUUGUAUGGCUAUCGAUGAGAGUGGUACCAAGAUUGUUGUUUUUGGAGGCCGUGUUCCAUUAAACCCCACCUCAAGCCUGCCUAGUGAUAGCACUUUUUCUGGGGAUUUGUACGUAUUGGACAUUGCCUCAAGAGCCUGGAGAAAAGGAGCCAGCUCGCCUGUCAGACGCGGUUAUGCAGCAUGCAUUGUUGUUGGGGACCAAUUUGUGGCAUGGGGCGGGCAUGACGAAAGUAUAAUUGCAUCGGGACCACCCAUUGUGUUCGACUUGACUUGGUUUAGAUGGGUUGACAACUACAAAGCUCCAAGCUACUAUCAAUCCUCUAAACCAUCUUCCAGUUCAUCUAAAACACAGAUGCCCUCCAUUACUCAAUCGUCUCCUAUUCCAGCACACAAACCUUCGGCCACCGACGUGGGAGCCAUUACGGGAGGGGUUGUGGGGGUGCUAACUGUGAUUGGUAUUACAGCAGGUGCGCUAGUGUAUAAGCGGCGGCAGAGGAAGAGAGAAGGAUAUGAGCUUAACCAAAUGAUAAUCGAGCAGGAUGAUUUUAAUUCAGGUGAUAGUGCCAGUGGGUCGCUCCUAACAAACCAAUUGACAGCCCACAAGCCAAAUGCAAACCUGAGGGAUCAACUUGAGCAUCAUAUCAAGGCUGAGGUUAUCUGCCAUCAAAAUCAGAACCAACCCGGUAACCCUCAAGUGAUGCCCUCGACAAGGGCUCGCAACCCUCAAGCACCAAUCCGUUUAGGAGGAGAUCCUCAAGGAUUGCCCUGAUGCUGUACAUUAUACCCCAUAAACUUCGACCUUCUUGAGAAUGAAAGAGUUGCGGUAAUAGCCACAUAGGUACAAUUAAACAAUAGCAUUAAUGUUAUGUACUGAUACAGAUAGCUCAAUUAGUUUAUAAUAUCCUCAUCCCAAGAAGAUCUAUCGAACGUAAUGG